AUGAAACUCUUUUCCGCAUCGCGGGAGCGUCGCGUCGAUCGGGGUUCUUUGCCCGUCUUCUUCGGAGCUGGCCCCGUCUUCUCAGCGAAUAGGCGUUUGGGUAGUGGUGAAAUUUGCCUUGGGAUCCCUAGAGAUCCCUCCCACCCUCCUCUGAGGCUCCUUCUUCCAUCUUCCCCCCUCCUCCACAUUAGAUCACGUCGCUUUAACUUUCUCAGCUUCUUUUCCAUCAUUCUCCAGGGCUCUCAUCGGGCCAUCCUCAUCGCCGCCCGUUGUGUCCAGUCCCUGGUCCUGCCCUGCGUCAUUGCAUCUAGAUCGGUGAGCAUCGAUAUUCUCUUCCCCUCUAACACCAUUUCUUUGGCACUGGGCUGCGCCAUUCCUCCGAUCCCCCUCCACACUCACUUCGAUCAACCUCAAGGCCAUACUCCGGACGACGCUUCUUCGUGCCCCUCAAUUUCUCCCUCACUCCGCCCCUCUGCCCCUCCGACAAACGCAAAACUACCACGCGGCCGCGAUGCCCCAAUUCUGGGUCGACCGAAGCAGCCCCGUUAUUUGAAUGCGAAGCCGACAUCCUUGGUCCAACACGCUGUGACAGGGGGGCUCACGAGCUACACUCUCAAUUCUGCUGGUCUGCGGGAGCAAAUCGGCGCACGUUCUUCCAAUCUUCUUUCACCACCCAUUCUCGAGUCCUAUGUCCUGACCCAUCACUCAGCCUGCCCGCAGACCAGCCGCAUCAGAAAUGGCUUCCUGCUCCGUACCGGCGGCCAAUGUCAUGUCUUGCACCCGUUCCGCCGCUAUGAUUGUGGCGCAACUGUUCAAACUAUCGCCUCCGGCGUCAUUCUCUUGACGCGAACCGAGCUGAUGGAACGCCGACUAUCCGUCCGCCAACUACCGGCUAGCAGACCCGCUAAAUACGGUCUGAUGUUGGGAAGCCUUCACUCUGGCAUGACGGGCGACCGACACGAUGCCAUCCAGCGCACCAAACCUGCACACUCUGUCAUAGCCCAGCAGGCACUAGGCCUGGCGUUCUUAACCAACCAAGGUACGGUUUCCAACAGAUCUACGAUGAUCAGACGUGGGCAAGUACUGCUCCUCGGUGGGUUUAAGCAUACCCUGCAGCGCGCGCGUGCGAAACAGAACACCCGCCCGUGCCGCCUUCUCCCCCUCACCAAGAGAGUCUCAUCCUCUGGGCAUGGUUUGAUCACGGUCGACAAUGACGAACUCGAAGCAGCCGCGCAUCCUCCACUACUGGCGGUGCAAACAUUCCUGCAAACCAAUUCCUACCAGUGCGAGACAGAGCGACGCAUCGCGUCAAUUGGACAAAUAUUGGUGAAGAACCUGCCUUUGUUCUCCCGCUACCCACCCACACCUACGGAUGAUCACUUGACUGAUCAACUUGUCCGAUGUGCGCCCUGUCGGCUGCCCCAGAGACACAAAGCGAUAACGCGACGCCCGUCCACACCCCCACCGGCAACAGCACCAGCAGCUGGAUUCGGUCCAGUCCCAGAGGCUUGUGCUGACAGCGCCGUCGUCGGGCCAUGGGCGACUAAGGCAGACCCAAUCGCCUGUCAGACUUUCUUUUUCCGAGCUUGCCGGUACCCACAAUCUUCGUGUAUCCGGUACAAACAGAUACUUCGUACCGACUUCAUGGGUCGGGCAGAGACAGCCCCGCCUCCCUUUGUCUUGCGCAGCUCUCGACGCACCUUAGAUCAAGUAGCGUUGAUGAAUCGCGCCCGUCAGAUCUUUCUAUCCGCUGCCUCCAGCACUCCGGUUUCAAAUCAAUUCAUGGCAGGCUGCACUGGCUUGAGGGACAGUUCCGAUGAUGUACCGCCAGGGGAUCCCGAGGACUGGCGAGCAAGCGAGAGAGCGGACGAGAUUGGGGGAACCGGGGGCUUGCGCAAGGACCGGGGGCUGCCGGCCAUGCAACGCCGCGCCGCCCGCUCCCUAAAGGAUACUCCCGUUUCUGCCGUUUCGUCGUACAUAUCCCGCAUAUCCAUCACCUUCGCCAAUACGGAUGGCCCUACGGCAAUCUAUCUCACCGCGAGACCAAUGCCUUCAUGUCUGUGCACCACCUCUGGGCAGGUUGCAGAACCACAAAGGGAGUUCGAUUACAGCUGCAGCGUCAUGUCAUUCCUGUGUGGCGCGAGACCAGGUAUCUCACCAACACGCAUGGUACAACCCUCAGCUUGCCUGUUCGGUCUGAAAAUCCGCUUACAGCCAAUAUUCCAAGAUUUUCAGGGGUUCCAAGCCGUCGCAUGUAGAAUGAAUUCCAACACUGGCGACACCGCCUCAAAAUAUUCCGAGAAGGUUUGGAACUUCCUGUUGUUCGAUUCCUCGUCGCUGUACGCCGUACACCGUAUCGCAUCAACCUUCAUCGGCCCCUUUCACGCCUUUAAACCUUAUAAUUGCCAGAACCAAGUUGAAAACCAGCAAACAUUCGCCUCGCUUCAGACGUUUCACGAACAGUUCAUCUAA